AUGAAUUCUCCUUUUAAGGAAGAUAGAGAAAAGUGUUGGAAUCAUAGAGAUAAUUAUUGGAGUUGUUUAGAUAAAAAUAAUGAGGUAGCUGAAAAAUGUUUAGAAAUGAGAAAGGAAUUUGAAAAGCAUUGUUCUAAACAAUGGGUGCAGCAUUUUGAUAGGAGAAGAAAAUAUGAGUUAUUUAAAGCCAAUUCUAAUAACAAUGAUUGGUCUUGGCCGGAAGAAAAAAAAUAA